AAUCCUUAAAUAUCCACACGUAUAGGCGAGGUCAGGAUUCGAAGAAGCCCAGGUCGGCGAUGGCGGCGCUACGACAGGCGGCGAGGAAGCUCUUUCUCCAGCGAACUCAAGCAUCGGCUGUUGAGUGCCGGCUCGUGCCUAGGCUCAUCCACGCCGGUCGACCUGCCUCUUCAGCCUCCGUCGCACAAGAGACGGCCACCCUCAAGGAUUUAACUGACCCUAACGAUAAGGAGGCAAUUGCUGAGCGUAUUAUUUUAGUGAAGGGUAAAGUUGAGGAGCUUUAUGGCAUUAGUUCAUCGAUCGAGCGCCACCUUAUCGGUAGAGGACCAUAUGUCCGUUUUAAUCGGAAAGUUGUCUCAGAGCUGUCAUCGCUUGUUGAUCCAAAGCCUGAAGACCCCGUCUGGACUCAGAUGCAAACCAGUAGGAUAAGAACCAAGUUCCUGAAGUUCGCAGGCUUCAUCGUAUACUCAUAUGUGCUCCUACACCUUCCCCAAUUGCACAAUAAGAAGGAUGAGAAGACAGCCCUGGGGCCUGGGGGCAUGGGUGAAGUACCGAUCGCGUGAUGUUUGAUCUGGAUCUGAACUUAAGUAUGGAAGUUUCGGUUUGGAGAUGUUUGAUAACUGUGAGCUUGUCGUAGAGUAGGAAUUUUUAAUCUUGCUUCUGUCCUGAGAAGUUUAGACUUAUCAUAACAUAGAUAGUUAAACUAUCGGGCAAGAACAGCAUGGUUCACCUUAUGUGUUGCAGCUUGCAUGCAACAACAUUUGCUCUAUCGUUCGUGUAAAUGUAGGCCAGAGAAUUGAAGAACUGUAGUGUUUAGUUAGCAAGCGCCACCUGUUAUCGCUGUGUCCAGUGGUGGAGCUUGAAACAAAUCAGUGG